ACUUCAUUCUACGCAAUGGAACAUAGCGACCAAACUAUCGGUUAGCAGCUGGGAGUAGCGUUACUUUGCUGUGGGGAUUCCUGCCUAAUGUUGUCUUUUUGUUAACUUUUUUUUUUGGUUUGUAAGGAACGGGAGGUGCGCGACAAGCCCGGAUCCGUACCGGGUUAUGCCUCAGUCCUGAGCCCCCCGGCGCGCUGUACCUGCGCGGCAAAUGUGUCAACGGGCGAGCAGCGGUUUCCGCUCGCGCGGUGUUGUGACGGCUAGCCGUUGUCCGCUAGCAGGCGAGCUAGCUAGCUAGCUAGCUCGUAUGGAUGGUGUCGGGUACCGCCACGAAGAGGGUGAUAAUUAGCGCUGGGAGCGGGCUGUACUCUGCUCGGCGGCUGGUCUGUUGUGGGCAGAUUCGCCACCUCUUAACGCCGGCCACUUUCCGGAUAAUGCUCUGGAUGUCACAGCGAGGAGGACCAGAAAAUGGAAAUAUUAUCUUAACAUCAAGUCGAUUACUCAACGUGUCAGAAACAUGGAGUGAAUUCCUUCACACCACCAUGCACGCAUCUGGCCGUUUUUAAAGACCAGCUGCCGCGACUGGAUGUGCAGCCUAAUCUGUCUUCAUCCGAUGUGCUUCCGGUGAAACAUUAAUUAUGUGUCCGCGGCGGUCGGAUAUGCGGAGAUUCCUAUAAACAGUAGCGUGGAUUCGUGCAAAGGAAGCCCGAAGAGGGAAGUGCAGGACGGGAUAGGUACACAGACGCUACCCGUUCCCGAAGAAACAUGGCCUCGGUGUGGAAGAGACUGCAACGUGUGGGGAAGCAUGCCUCCAAAUUCCAGUUUGUGGCUUCCUAUCAGGAACUGAUGGUGGAAUGCACCAAGAAAUGGCAACCGGACAAACUGGUGGUGGUUUGGACGCGCAGGAGUCGGCGGAAAUCAUCCAAGGCUCACAGCUGGCAGCCCGGCAUCAAAAACCCCUACAGAGGAGUGGUGGUGUGGCCUGUGCCAGAGAACAUAGAGAUCACAGUCACUCUCUUUAAGGACCCCCAUGCAGAGGAGUUUGAAGACAAAGAGUGGACGUUUGUCAUUGAAAACGUGAGUUCUCUUCUGGCUUCCAUCCCAUGUGACAUAAGUGCACCCUGUGGCUGGGUGCCUUGCGUACAAGCGAGCUGACAUAAAAGUAAAUGU